AUAUGCUAAAUAGCCAUUUUUAAAUGCAUGUAUUAAAACUUAAGUCAGAUAUUAAACAGUUUACAUGACUCUAAGUAUAAAUUGAUUUUAAAACAAAGUUAACUAUUUUAUUGCCCUUCUUAUUCUCUGUAGCAAUUUUCGAGGCUUACAGUGGCAUUCUUAAGGCAAUUUAAAAAUCAUGUCAAGCUCAGUUGAACAGAAAAAAGGGCCUACAAGACAGCGCAAAUGUGGCUUCUGUAAGUCUAAAUAGAGACAAGAAAUGUGGGAGUUACUAAUAUCUGAAAACCAGAAGGUGGCAGCAGCACACCAUAAAUGUAUGCUCUUUUCAUCUGCUUUGGUAUCAUCGCACUCUGAUAACAAAAGUCUUGAUGGAUUUUCUAUUGAAGAUGUCCAAAAGGAGAUAAAAAGGGGCACGAAGCUGAUGUGUUCUUUGUGCCAUUGUCUUGGAGCAACAAUUGGUUGUGAUGUGAAAACAUGUCACAGGACAUACCACUACCACUGUGCAUUGCAUGACAAAGCUCAAAUAAGGGAGAAGACUUCACAAGGAAUUUACAUGGUUUAUUGCUGAAAACACAAGAAAACUGCACGUAACUCUGAAGCAGCUGAUUUAGAAGAAAGUUUUAAUGAACAUGAACUGGAGCCCUCGUCACCUAAAAGUAAAAAGAAAAGUCGCAAAGGAAGGCCAAGAAAAACUAAUUUUAAAGGGCUUUCGGAAGAUACCAAGUCCACAUCUUCCCAUGGAACGGAUGAAAUGGAAAGUAGUUCUUACAGAGAGAGGUCUCCACACAGAAGCAGCCCUAGUGAUACCAGACCUAAGUGUGGAUUUUGCCAUGUGGGUGAGGAAUAAAAUGAAGCAAGAGGAAAACUGCAUAUAUUUAAUGCCAAGAAGGCAGCUGCACAUUAUAAGUGCAUGUUGUUUUCUUCUGGCACAGUUCAGCUCACAACAACAACAAGAGCAGAAUUUGGAGAUUUUGAUAUUAAAACUGUACUUCAGGAGAUUAAGCGAGGAGAAAGAAUGAAAUGUACCCUUUGUAGCCAGCCUGGAGCUACUAUUGGAUGUGAAAUAAAAGCCUGUGUUAAGACUUAACAUUACCACUGUGGAGUACAAGACAAAGCUAAAUACAUUGAAAAUAUGUCACGAGGAAUUUAGAAACUAUAUUGUAAAAAUCAUAGUGGAAAUGAUGAGAGAGAUGAAGAAGAUGAGGAACGAGAGAGCAAAAGCCGGGGAAAAGUAGAAAUUGAUCAGCAACAACAACUAACUCAGCAGCAACUUAAUGGAAACUAGGUUCAUGGGACAGAGUUAGAAAACUGAGAAUAAGUAAGACAUCCGUAACUACUUUUCUUCUUUCACUGUUUUCUAAAAUCAAAAAGGGGUUGUAACUUUUUACUGCCCAACUCUUAGAUCCUUCAUUGAACUGCCUAAAAAAGUCCUGUUUGUUUUAUGAGCCUUCACUAGAUGGCAGAGUUUGACAUGUUGAUAUUACAUAGCUGUAGUUUGCAGUUUCUGGAAAGCAGUUGAAACACUAUUAACCCUGUGUACAGCAACAACAGUUAAAGCAGAUUGAAAUGAAUUAAGCUAUAUUUCUGGACUGAAUGAAGUUCUGUUUAGAAUGUUUAAGUUUGUUUAGUGAUUAAUGCUCAAGAGAAAGCAUAUGCAGAUUUUACUCUACAAUGCAAACAUGCUUCUGGUGACAGCAUAUAGUAAUUUGUGAUUUUUUUUUUUUACACUCAAGUCAUGGAGGCUAGAAAUGAAGAGAACUUUCGUUUUCUCUUGGCUUUUUUAGCACAUGCUAAAAAUCUCUUCCAAGAAGUGUGCAAAAGCUUUUUAUUUGGUUCCUGUUAAAGUUGCUGUCACUGACCAGCAUGAACUCAGGCAACUGGUGAUUAUAAGCGAUGAGCUCCAGUGCUUAUGCCAAAAUUCCCUUGACAAUACACCUCUUCUCUUUCCACGUCAUACAAAGAGCUUCUGGCAAAAUGAUUGAAUCCUUUAAAGUUUAACCUAAGAAAUAACAACAGCAAAUUAAAACUAUUUAAGAUUUAAAGGGUUACCACCCAUUAAGGACUUUAGCCACCACAUCUGAAAAACCCUUUCCUCUCAAGUGCCCUGUUCUGUGGAACACUUCACAUAUUGGCCCAAAGUAUGUAAGGAGGUCUCAUGUGCUAUAUAUAGGAGUGAAAAACAGUCUUUUCAUAAAACAGUAUUUAUUUUUAAUUUUGUGACCACUAUUUUAGAAACCUUAUUUAAUAUUUUUAAUGUUUUCAUUCAUUGCUUUGGUUAUCUAUUAA